AUGAGCGUGGCUUCAGCAUCUUACCUGGCUCGACGAGCUGCACAGAAGGAGAGGGUGAGAAUCCUCUACAGACGAGCUCUCAAGGACACUCUUAAUUGGGCCGUUCAUCGCCAUCUCUUCUAUACCGAUGCCGAUGCUCUCAGAGAGAAAUUCGAAGCCAACAGAAGCGUGGAUGAUAUUGAGACCAUAGAUAGAAUGAUUGCUGCUGGUGAGGCAACCUACAAUAAGUGGCGGCAUCCCGAUCCUUACAUUGUUCCUUGGGCUCCUGGUGGCAGCAAGUUUUGCCGUAACCCAACUCCACCUGAGGGGAUUGAGAUAAUAUACAAUUAUGGUCACGAAGAUACUGCUUGA